UCGCACAGACAAGUUUUGCUCAGUGUGUGAUUGUAUGGAUCUCCAGCACAAAGCUCGCAGAUUGCAUUCAGCAUGUCCGUGUGUCCUCCCCGGACUCAUAUCUGUGUGUUAUGUUUUUAAAGAGGCCUUAGGGGUGGAAAUAAACCUGUCUUGAUGAGUUUGAUGAAAAGGCGAUCUACUGGAUGAAGAGGAGGAGCCGCAUACACACGUAUGCACAAACACACGGAGACAAUCGACCAGCAGCCACAUUUAUUAACUUAUUAAACAUGAGACGCUUCGUUCGGCACAACAUACACACAUCACGGUGCUAGAUGGUGGUUGUGAAGGCAGUACGUAAUGCUGAAGGGGCUCGUCCUGAGUCAGAAUGAGUGUCAAAGAUGGCGAUGGGACGACUAGCCAAGAUGGAAAGGCCUACGAGCUUCAGAUCUACCCCCGACUCUCUCUGGAGACGGUGUCGUGCUGUACACUCAGAGUCACCAAGGAGGCCACCGCAGCUAGCGUCAUACAGGAUGCGGCAGCGACCCUUGGACUGGACACCAGAAAGCUAUACGUCCUGGCCGAGGUGAAGGAGUGCGGUGGGGAGGAGUGGGUGCUGGAAUCGACCGAUCUUCCCGUGCACAGGGUCCUUCUCUGGCCGAGAAAAGCCCAGGAGCAACAUUCUCAGAAAGAGGGAUUUUACUUCCUCCUGCAGGAGCGCAACCGCGAUGGCUCCAUCCGCUACGUGCACCUGCCCGCCGAGGGGAACGAGCAGGAGUCCAAGCGACUAGUUGCUCGGGGUUUCCUUCCACCCCAGCAGGAGGACAUUGAGGACCUCUGUAACCUUCCUGUCCUAAGUGAGGACAGCAUCUUGGAUAACCUCCGCAUUCGUUUUCAGAAGAAGAAAAUUUAUACAUACGCUGGCAGUAUCCUCAUUGCCAUCAAUCCCUUUAAGUUCUUACCCAUUUACAACCCCAAAUACGUCAAAAUGUACGAGAACCACCAGUUGGGCAAGCUGGAACCCCAUAUUUUCGCCAUUGCCGAUGUAGCCUACUACGCCAUGUUGCGCAAGCACGUCAACCAGUGUAUUGUUAUCUCAGGAGAGAGCGGAUCGGGCAAAACGCAAAGCACUAACUUCCUCAUUCACUGCUUGACGGCUCUCAGCCAGAAGGGUUACGCAAGCGGAGUGGAACGAACCAUUUUGGGUGCUGGACCAGUGCUGGAGGCAUUUGGCAACGCAAAGACGGCCCACAACAACAACUCCAGUCGAUUCGGGAAGUUCAUCCAGGUCAAUUACCUGCCGAGUGGAGUGGUGCGCGGGGCCGUGGUUGAGAAAUAUCUGCUGGAAAAGUCCCGUCUGGUGUCCAGAGAGAAGAACGAGAGAUUUACCCUUAUGACUGGUUUUGUGGUCCAGGGUCACAUAUUAGAAUAGCUUAUAUGUCAAAAACAGCCUUGGAAAUUGCAACGGCUUUCCAUUUUUGGUUUACGCUUGCAGGAAAACUUUACGAUAGAAGAUGCAGACGACCUUCGGCACGACUUCGAGCGACUGCAGCAGGCAAUGGAGAUGGUGGGCUUCCUGCCGGCCACCAAGAGACAGAUAUUUUCCGUCCUGUCGGCCAUCUUGUAUCUGGGAAACGUGACGUACAGUCAGAAGUCGUCCGGCAGAGAGGAAGGUCUGGAGGUGGGGCCGCCAGAGGUGCUUUCCACACUCUCAGACCUGCUUAAGGUUAAGGAGGAGCUGUUGGUGGAGGCUCUUACCAAGAGGAAAACGGUGACUGUGAACGACAAGCUGAUUCUGCCCUACAGCCACAGCGAGGCGAUCACCGCACGAGACUCCAUGGCCAAGUCACUGUACAGCGCCCUGUUCGACUGGAUUGUCCUGCGCAUCAAUCACGCGCUGCUUAAUAAGAAAGACAUGGAGGAGUCCGUUUCGUGUUUAUCUAUUGGUGUGCUUGAUAUCUUCGGCUUUGAAGACUUUGAGACCAACAGCUUUGAACAAUUCUGCAUCAACUAUGCCAACGAGCAGCUUCAGUAUUACUUCAACCAGCACAUUUUUAAACUUGAACAGGAGGAGUAUCAGGCCGAGGGCAUCACCUGGCACAACAUCGACUACACCGAUAACGUGGGCUGUAUUCACCUCAUCAGCAAGAAGCCCACUGGACUCCUCUAUUUACUUGAUGAGGAGAGCAACUUUCCUCACGCCACUGAUAAAACCUUGCUGGCCAAGUUCAAACAGCAGCACCAACAGAACCAUUACUUUGUGCCAACUCCAGUGAUGGAACCAGCCUUCGUCAUCCUCCAUUUUGCUGGGAAGGUCAAAUACCAGAUAAAGGAUUUCCGUGAGAAGAACACGGAUCACAUGCAUCCGGAUAUCGUGGCUCUCUUGCGAAGCAGCGACCGAGCAUAUGUCCGGCAGCUGAUUGGGAUGGACCCGGGGGCGAUGUUCCGAUGGGGAAUCAUCCGCGCCACCAUCCGUGCAUUGGCCGCCUUCAACGAGGCCGGCCGCCGCUGGGCAGCCAAGACUGCGGGUGUGGUCCGACCGAACUCCAGAGUUCCUCUAGGAGAGCUGCAGAGAUCCAACGUUCCCAUUGAGAGGAUGUACCGCCAUGCUCCUAUGCUUGAUUUCUCCUUUGAUCAUUCAGAGGAGCGCCCUCUAGAGGCUUUUGAGGACAUCUUUGCUAGUUAUGAGAGUAAGAAGGACAUGCAUGCCCAAAUCAUCAACUCCAUUAAGGACUUGCAGUUGGAUGGAGAAGAUCCACGUAAGCUGCUGCAGUCCUGGGGUCGCCUGCGGUUCCCGCGCCACGUCCUCCAGAAAAACAAGAACCCCAAGACCAGGCAACUCAUUCCCAAGAACCUGUUGGACACUCGCUCGCUGAAAUUUGUAGUGGGCCUCCAUGACCGCACCACCAAGUCUUUACUUCAUCUGCACAAGAAGAAACGUCCUCCCAGCAUCAGUGCCCAGUUUCAAGCGUCUCUUAGUAAGCUUCUGGAGACGCUGGGGAGGGCGGAACCAUUCUUCAUCCGAUGCCUCCGCUCUAAUGCUGAGAAGAAGGAAAUGUGUUUUGAUGAGGCGCUCAUUGUCCAGCAGCUGCGGUACACGGGAAUGUUGGAAACAGUGCGCAUAAGACGGUCAGGCUAUGGAGCCAAAUACACCUUUCAGGAGUUUACAGAGCAGUUUCGUGUAUUGCUACCAAAGAAUGCUGUGUCCCUGGAGGACAUAUCAUCUCUAUUGCACAGGCUUGGCUUUCACCACACUACCUACCAGAUUGGGAAAACCAAGGUGUAUCUCAAAGAACUCGAAAGGCAAAAGCUUCAGGACAUCCUCCACAAGGAUGUUAUGCGCAAAAUCAUUUUCUUGCAGCAUUGGUUUAGAGCUAAAAUAGAGAGGAUGGAAUUUGUUAGAAUGAGAGAGGCAGCCAUCUUGAUCCAGCGCUCAUGGCGUAGGUUCCGCAAAGAGAAGUUCUACCAAGCGGCGGUUUUGAUCCAAUCAGCAUGGCGAGGUUCCAAACAGAGAGCUGAAUAUCAAAAAACACGAGCAUCCGUCACAAAAAUGCAGGCACUUGCAAGAGGGCAUUCGGCUCGCAAACGGUACUACUCACUAAAGGAAGAAAAGAGGAAAAGAGAGGAAGAGGAAGCUCUGAGAAGAAAAGCGGAGGAGGAAGCAGCUCGACGAGCUAAGGAAGCUGAACAGGCCGCUAGGCGAGCUAAAGAGGCUGAGGAGGCAGCCAGACGACUCCGAGAGGAAGAAGAGGCAGCCAGGCGUGCCAGAGAGGGAGAGGAAGCAGCUAGAAGACAGAAAGAGCAAGAGGAAAGGGCAGCUCUGCUUGCUUUAGAGGAGAAGACGCUACUACAACAACCACCGGCACCAGGCAAGCAGUCUGACGAUGUGGAGACACUAGUGCUGGAGCGCAAUAUGGCUCCCGUGGAUGUUGAGAUUGAAAGUAAGGGCAGGGCCCAAGUUGAUGUUUCAAAAGACCUAAGUCAUUCUGAGAAGGUUCCUCAAGUGGAGGCUGGUAUUCACCCUGAGGUUAAAGAACACCAGAAGCAAAAGGAAAAUGAAUCUUCUGCACAUCCCAGAGAGGAAGGUACACAAGCUAAACCCAUGUCUCCUGAAAUCCCAAGUGGACAAAGCCAAAACAGAGCUCCUCCACUCUCCAAGCUGCCAGUAUCCAGAAGUCAGGAGAAACGUGAGCUUAGGAGACAACGGGGCCUAGAGCACAACCAGAGAGAAAGUGAGAGAGCAGCUUCAACCGGAAACGACGAUACUUCCUUCAAGAGCAAAACUCUAGAGAGACCAGGGAAAGUAAACAGCAAGUUGAAGGAGCGGUCUGACAGCAAAGAGUUGGAUCAGUAUACCUUUGUGGCUUGGAAAAUAGACAAGGUGAAGAGGGAUGCCAAAGAUGUCCCACCUGAACUUGUUCGACCUUCCACCUUACCUUUAGAUAUCCCUACUUCAGGACCUGAAAGAAACGGCUACACAGACCCGUCCAUCGCCGCUCAACCUGCUCUUGCCAAAGAAGAGGCCAACAGGAAAAAAGAACCAACAAGAAGCAGCACUCAGCCAGAAAACCUCAUGGCAGGACCCUGCAGUCUGGAGGACAGGAACAUCAAAACUCUCCAAAUUCGUGGGAUCUCCAUGUCACUAGACGAUGUGUCCAAAAUAGGUUUGGGCGGUUCAUCACAGGGCAAAGCUCGUCAAAGACGCAGGCCACGGCUCGCCCUUGCACGUAUAUGUUUGCCCAUUAAAAGUGUUGAAAUGGAGGAUGCAGAGUACUGGACUUAUCCUUUGCCCACCACGAGUCCAUUAGAGACACAGUCCAGCACUGAGGUUGGUCCUGAAAGAGCGAAGGUCAGCACACUGAAGGAAAAAGUUCAUGACAGCCACAGCCUGCAAGAUGUAUCACCUGUCCAGCCGUCGACCCCAGAGAGGACAACAGGGUUUUUCAGAAAGAUUCUGAAGAAGCGUCCCCAUAAAGAAGCUCAGACCCCGGAAGAUGGAGAUCUGAGCCUAGCUUCCUUUUUGGAUCAAAAAGAAGCAACUUCUCCAUCACGCUCGCACAAUUCAAAGCCUCAUGCGAGUCGACCCGCUCGGACGGCCAGCAUCAUGAUCAGUCACUCAACAACUUGGGCCUCUGAGCAGUGCAACUCCUCGCUGAACCGUGUGAUCACCAAUGCGAAUGAGCUACGCCACCUUGACGAAUUCCUGGGCAAUCAGGUGAAUGAUCUGCGCUCAAGGGGAAAGCAGCUUUCAGGAACAGAACACAUCUUCAUUACUGCCACUAUGCAGUUCAGAGAAAACAUCAAGGGGAUGUACUCAUUCUCUAAGCCACAAAUUGGGUAUAAGGCUUUGAUGAAGAGCUACCACAAUAAAGUGAUCAGUCUAGCUGGAGAAAAGCAGAAAGGUGAGGUACCACUGGUGGUCAAUCUCUUCCAGUCAGUUCUGGAUGGCUUCAUUAGAGCGGAGAUCAAAAAAGAAGAGGCCGAACCAGCCAAGCCCCCCAAAGGUCGUAAGAUGAGAAGGAAGAAGGAUAAGGGCUUGGAGAAUCCAUUGGACCAUGUGUUUACGCACUACCAAGUCAACAUCAUGCAGUCUUGUGAUCAGUGCACCUCCUACAUCUGGGGAAUGGAGAAGGCCUACAUGUGCAGUUAUUGCAAAAUGGUUUGCCAUAAGAAGUGCAUUUGUAAAAUCGUCAUAGACUGCUCUACUUUCUGCUCUAAGAAGUGUGAUGAUGAGCCAGGAUCACAACACUUUGGUGUUCGUGUGUGCCACCUGGUCAACAACAAGACCCCUGUGCCAAUUGUUCUGGAGAUAAUGCUGGAACACGUGGAAAUGAAUGGCCUGUACACCGAGGGCAUUUACAGGAAGUCCGGCUCAGCCAAUCGCAUGAAGGAGCUACACCAGCUGUUGGAAGCAGGCCCAGAGAAUGUUUGUCUUGAGGAUUACCCCAUCCAUGCUGUCACUGGCCUGGUCAAACAGUGGCUAAGGGAGUUGCCUGAACCUCUCAUGACCUUCACGCACUACAACGACUUCCUCCGUGCAAUAGAACUGCCUGAGAAGCAAGAGCAAUUGCAAGCCAUUUACAAAGUUUUGGAACAGCUUCCAGCGGCCAACUUCAACACCUUGGAGAGACUUGUUUUCCAUCUUGUCAGGGUUGCAAAGGAGGAGAAGAGCAAUCGGAUGACACCAAACUCUCUGGCCAUUGUUUUUGCCCCCUGCAUUCUCCGUUGUCCGGAUAGCGCCGACCCGCUCAUGAGCAUGAAAGACAUCGCCAAAACCACCAUUUGUGUGGAGAUGCUACUUAACGAACAAAUCCGGAGAUACAAUGAGAGAAUGGAGGAGAUCGAGCAGCUGGAAUACGCUGAGGCACUGGCUGUCAAUCAACUCAAGCUAAAAAGACAAAACACGUGCUGGCAUUUACCUCUCAGAUUUAUCACUCCUUACAAAGAAGUGGCGGUUCGGGAGAAGCCAGCUUCCGACCUUUGUGCUGUACCUGAGAAUGAGCCCCUGGAUUCAGAUACAGAAGCUGAGCGAAGCCUGAUGGAGCGGAUCGAGUCCAUCAAGCAAGAAAAAGAGGACCUUGCCUGCAGGCUACCUGAACUAGAACAGCCCGGUUCUGACCAGGAGAACCUGGACUCGGAGGCAUCUGUCAGCUCUGAGAGCCUUUUGGACGAGCGAGCGGUCUGUUCAGACACGGAAGGACAAACAGUCGUAGUGCCAAGAUUAUCCAAACCAGCUUGCCUUCCUAAGUCUGUCGCCCUGGCCCAAGGAGGCAGCACAUGGGCUGACGGCUGCUCUCUUCCUUCACUGUCUUCUCCCAGGCUUCAGCUCCAGCGUCGCUGCCCUAUCAUCCCCAAAACGGUCAAGUUGCCCCUAGGAGUCCUGUGCCACCCGGCUGUACAGUCCCUCCCUCCCCGCAAAGCCCAGUCCCUCACCCUCGUCCAGCGGCGCGAGCAACCCGGCCGCCGCAAAGACAGCAUCCAGUCUCUCUACAUCGCCGCUGGAACAGAUCUCCUCUUCCCGUCCUCACCUACAGCCUCAGACACCUCCAGCGCACAGGAGCUCCAGACCUCCUCACGACGUUUCUCAGACCCGGACAUUGCUUUCGUAAAGGAUGAGGUUUGAGUUGCAAAGCUGCCUGCGCUCAAAAGAACAAUUCGAUUGCUUGCCCCGGUCAUAGUGACUGAUAAAGAGAAUUGUCUCACCUAGCACUUUUCCAUAUUAAUAAUAAAUUGGAUUUUUAAAGAGACUUUUUUUAAGACUCAGAUUUGUGUGGCAUUUACACGUUGACGUGUCAAUGCUUGAUGCUUGAUUUUUAUUUUUUUUUUAGCAUCAAGAAAACAGUCUUGCACCUUUGUGUCUUUAACGAAGAGGAAAAAACUAAUUCAACCAUGAGGAGUGAUCCCUCGGUGGUGUUUUGUGGACAGAGUUAUUUGUACACCCAAGGCUUCGUUCAUCUUAAAUGGACUUUAAAGCUGUAGAUCCUCCUUCAAUUCCUGCACAAGAACUCAAUGGACAAGUUUUGACUAGAAGGGGGAAGGAUGCAGCACUAGCCACUUUCCUCUUGGACCAGAAUGCCAUAACCGAAUGCAAUUUUCCAGAAUAACUCUUUUUUUUCAUUUUGAUAAACAAUAUGAGACUUUGGAUCUGCGUGGAUGUCUAUUCAGAAUAGCUUUGUGUAGGACUAAAUACAGUUAGUGGCCAAGCCAUUGUGUUUAAUACUAAAGUGAAGAGUUACAAAUGCUGUUGAAUGAAAAGUAUGGAAAGAAUGCCGGCUGGAUGUCUAUGAUGUAAAUUACGUUUUGCAUCACGAGGACUGUAUGUGCCUACAGGUAUCGCUAUUUUUGAGUCCUCAGUGAUGUUUUUUGCAUUUAAUGGAGAAAUGAAACUAAUUCUUUUCCUACAAUACAGUUUGUACUGGCCGCAGACCUGUGUGCUUUUCCUGAUUCUUACCCAUAAUUCUUUGUGGCUUCCCUUUUGCUCCGGAGGUACCACCGACCAUCUACUCUUGCUCUUCUUGUUCUACAAUAAAUACGUCCAGAAAGGCCUGUUCACAUAAAAUGCAGAAUGAAUCCAGAUAAAGGAAUUAGGAGGUGCAGAGUCCUUCCCAGCCUUGUUCCUGUACCAUGGCCUCUUAUUUGAUCUGCCGUGUAUUUGAUUUAUAGUCGUUCUGUGGGGAAAAAAAUAGAAGUAUAAAAAUUAGAAGUAAAUGCACAUAAAACUAUUAGUUAAUAUGCGGUGACCAAAAUAUGUGCAUUUUCUGGCAUGCAAAAAUAUAACACUGUAGAACAUGUUGGACUAUUUAGAACUACUGUGAUGAUUACAAGCACACAGAAACUCAAAAUGUAUAAUAUUAGGAGUUAUUACAACACACCUUUGA